GGACAGCCAGGGCUACUCAGAGAAACCCUGUCUCGAAAAACCAAGAAAAAGAAAAAAAAUCGAAAAGCUGGUAUGCAUCUGUCUCCAAACCCUUUUCUCCUACUCACCUCCCACAGAUCCAGUUCCUGCUGGUCCAGGGGACCCAGGGCCCCGCCUGUCCCAGCUCUCAGUGUCAGAUGUGACCACCAGCUCUCUGCGGCUAAACUGGGAAGCCCCCGUUGGGGCCUUUGACUCUUUCCUACUGCGCUUUGGGGUCCCCUUACCAAGUACCCUGGAGCUGCAUCCUCGCCCUCUGCUCCAGCGAGAGCUUAUGGUGCCAGGGGCGCGGCGCUCGGCCGUGCUCCGAGACCUGCGUCCCGGGACCCUGUACAGCCUUACUCUGUAUGGGCUGCGUGGGCCUCACAAGGCAGACAGCAUCCAGGGCACUGCUCGCACUCUGAGCCCAGUUCUGGAAAGCCCUCGGGACCUGCAAUUCAGUGACAUCGGAGAAACAUCGGCCAAAGUCAGCUGGGUCCCGCCACCUUCUAGGGUGGACAGCUUCAAAAUCUCCUACCAGCUAGCAGACGGAGGAGAACCACAAAGUGUGCAGGUGGAUGGCCGCACCCAGACCCAGAUCCUCCAGGGGCUGACUCCAGACACUCGCUAUGAGGUGACCGUGGUCUCCGUCCGUGGCUUUGAGGAGAGCGAGCCUCUCACAGGAUUCCUCACCACAGUGCCUGAUGGUCCCACCCAGCUACGGGCAUUGAACUUGACUGACGGAUCUGCCCUUCUACACUGGAAACCCCCCCACAACCCGGUGGAUGAAUACAACGUCCAGGUCGCAUCCCCUGGGGCCCCGCCCCUUCAGGCCUCCGCACCUGGCAGCGCUGUGGACUACCCACUGACGGACCUGACACUUGACACUAACUACACAGCCACCGUGCGUGGUCUCCGGGGUCCUAACUUCACCUCCCCAGCCAGCAUUACCUUCACCACAGGGUUAAAGCCCCCCCAGGACUUGGAGGCCAAGGAAGUGACUCCUCGCACGGCCCUGCUCACUUGGACUGCGCCUGAAGUUGCGCCCACAGGCUACCUGCUCAGCUUUGACACGCCUGGAGGACAGAUUCAGGUAAUCCUGCUUCCAGCAGGAACCACCUCGCACAGGCUUCUCCGCCUCUUCCCCUCCACCUUCUACAGCGCCCAGCUCCGGGCUAUUUGGGGCAAGAGCCUCUCACCGCCUGUGUCCACUUCCUUUACUACUGGUGGGCUGCGGAUCCCCUUCCCCCGGGACUGCGGGGAGGAGCUGAAGAAUGGGGCCAGCACAUCAAAGACCACCACCAUCUUCCUCAAUGGCAACCGCGAGCGGCCUUUGGAUGUGUUUUGUGACAUGGAUACUGAAGGAGGCGGUUGGUUGGUGUUCCAGCGCCGCAUGGAUGGACAGACGGACUUCUGGAGAGACUGGGAGGAGUAUGCCCAUGGUUUUGGGAACAUCUCCAGGGAAUUCUGGCUGGGCAACGAGGCUCUGCACAGCCUGACACAGGCUGGAGACUACUCUAUGCGUGUGGACCUGCGAGCCGGAAAGGAAGCCGUGUUCGCCCAGUAUGACUUCUUCCGGGUAGACUCAGCAAAGGAGAACUAUCGCCUACACCUGGAGGGCUACCACGGGACCGCAGGUGACUCUAUGAGCUACCACAGUGGCAGUGUCUUUUCUGCCCGUGAUCGAGACCCCAACAAUUUGCUCAUCUCCUGCGCUGUCUCCUAUCGUGGGGCUUGGUGGUACAAGAACUGUCACUACGCCAACCUCAACGGGCUGUACGGGAGCACAGUGGAUCACCAGGGAGUGAGCUGGUACGACUGGAAGGGCUUCAAGUUCUCGGUGUCCUUCACGGAAAUGAAGCGGAGACCCAGAAAUUUCCGGGCCCCCACCAGGGGCACCUGAGCCUGCUGUCCACCUCACUCACACCCUGGUAUGACUGCCGAGCACUGAGGGGUUGUGACCAGAGAAGAGCCAGUGUGCCUGUACUGUGCCUAGCUCGCCGAGGAAGCCUUCUCUGCCGCAAUCUCACAGCACCAUGUUUACAGGGGGGAGGGGAGGGGAAUAGAGUAAUAAAGGAGAAAG